UAAAUUUUGAAGCGAAGUUUACACACGUUUUGGAUGACGGCUGUUGAGAGUAGCCAACGUGUAAAAGAAGAAAAGGAAAAGGAGGAGGAGGAAUUACGUCUACAUCCACUUCAAGACUCGUGGUGUUAUUAUUUGUUCCAGUUUAAAAAAGGACUCCUUUGGGAUGCAUGUCUAGAAAAAGUGGCAACUUUCAGCACUAUUGAGCACUUCUGGAGUAUACUCACUCAUACAAUUAGACCAAAAGAGAUAACUAAUGGCAGCGAUUUAUAUAUGUUCAAAUCUGAAAUUAUGCCGAAAUGGGAGGAUCCGAAAAAUGAAAAUGGGGGACGUUGGCUAAUCAAUGUUUCUCCACGACAAGACGUUAAUUUCUUAUGGGAUGAAUUGUUGAUGCUUCUGAUCGGUUCCGACUGGGAUACAGAUGAAGAGGAUAAACAGAUAUGUGGAGCAGUGUUCCAACCACGGGCUCGGGGUAGCAAGCUUUCAGUUUGGCUGACUAGUGACAAUGAAGAAGAGACUAUCGUAAGAAUUGGGAAGCGAAUUAAAGAGCGUUUAGAAUUAGAAGAUACAAUAUAUUUUCAACCUGUUUCUGAUCAACGAUCGCAGACUAGAGGCAGGGAUAUUUGUACUGGAAAAUAUGAAAUUUAGUUCUAUGUUAUUGCACUAACAUUUGUUUUGCAUUCCUUAUACUUCUCUUAGCCGAAUAAGGAGAUUUUGUACAUGUUUUCUUCAAUCUCUCAUUUUUCCAUCGUUUUAAUCUUAAUAGAGGCAUUUAUUGCUAUCC